AUCGGAUUAUAGUAUUAUCAGAAUGAAAUACUUUAAGUUCUAUUGGCUGCUAAUCACUGUGCUGCUGUUCAUCUGUUCGCAAAAUGCUUAUGCGGCACCAAAACGAAAACCGAGAUUCCAGUUACCGAAACUUCCAAAGAUCAACAUACAUAUUCACCAUAAUAACAUCCACAUUGGAUAGUUUUGGACUCAAUUAAACCAACUUUAGUGUAGUUGCUGUUUUAAAACUUAAAAUAAAUGUUAGCUUAGUUACAUUAUUUUAGUUAUGCGUCCCACCAUUAUAUGUUCCCUUAAAAACACUUAAGCUUACUUAUUAAACGAUGUUCAAACAUAUUUAACAUAA